AUGAGUCUUCGGAUGUCAUCCUUAGACCCGAAUGAGCCCAGAGCAGCAAAAGGUAAUGCCGGCCAGUCCCGUCGAGGUGAGGAGGCCACUGAAGACAGACAGAUUGCCGAACCUGCAACCGGAGACGCAUCCGCUGCGACAGGUCGCUGCCGACUUUUCGGACAAGGCGUCGCGAGCAGAGGGAAACUUACGGGCAAGGCGCUGCCUAUCAUUGAACCUGCCCCUCGCGUUAGUGAAAAUUCCCAGGAGAACUUCAGUCCCAAGAGCACUACUCCGGGGGGAAUCUCAGAUGCAAGCGAGGACGGCUUCGGGUCUUCAACGACAAUGUUGCCUAGCACUCGACCGACCGCCACACCACAGACGCCCCGUCACGCAUUCCUGUCCGGAUAUGACGAGGGCACCUUUCAUAAUCAGUUUGCGCUAGACCUCGACGUGACAUCGCAGGUGCUGCCUGACUACUUGCAAGGCAGGCCCGUCAGAGAGCUUUUGCACUACUUCGACCAUCAUGUCGCGACUGUCAUGCCGUGGGUGGACGGGCCUGAAAACCCGUGGCGCAAGCUCCUGCUCCCUCUUGCGUUCAAAUCGGAGUCGCUGCUCCUCGCCCUCCUGGCACUGUCGGCAGAGCAUUACGCCUCCAGACGCGGUUCGAGCUUGCCUUUGAACGACGGAUUCCUGUCUAGCAACUACCGGGAUAAGAGCUUACAGCUUCUGGCGCGGGAUCUGCGCGCAGAGGUCAUUGAAGAUGCAAAUCCGCCACGGCAAACUCAGGCAAGCACCAUCCUGGCCACCAUCCUGGUCCUGUGCAACCUCGAGAUGAUCAGGUGCGACACAACUACAUGGCACGUUCAUUGGAAAGCUGCCAGAACCAUCACCAAGCGGUGGACUGCCCCGGACCUCGCAUCGACCAUUCUGGAUGAAACAUGCCGGUUUCUCCUCAAGGAAGCUUUCGUAUACGAUGUCUUUGGCUCAUCCACGACAUUUGGCGACGAUGAUCAGAUUCCGAGCUCGGUCUUGACGGAGCAGGAGGCCAGUGUCUUCACAGAUUGGCUGCAGUUGAUUCAAGACGUGACCCGCACUGAAAGACGCCGCAACGACAAUCGGUUCUCAGUAAAGGAAGGAUCAGCUGCCCUGGCAAAUAUGCAUGUUCUGCAAGAGAAGUUCGAGUACGCCCGGGACCGUUCUCGGACAUUCAGCAUGUGCUUCGACUUCGGCACACCAGGUCCCCACCACGACUUUAAUGUUCUCAUUGAUAUCUUCCACUAUGCUGGGCUUGCAUACAGUUUCCAAGCUCUUCUGAACCCACUCGACCAUGCCGUUCAGGUGUCGCUCCAGGACCACGUCACCGCUGUCACCACUGCGAUCGGCCAGAUUCGGAACAAGGAGGCCUAUCAGCAUGACCUCGUGUGGCCGCUGUUUGUCGUGGGCACACAAAGCAGGCAUAACAAGGAUACUCAGGUGUUCGCCGAGACCAGAUUGUUGGAAGUUAUGAACUCAACGGGCUUCUCGAACUGUUACCCAGCACUGGAGUUUCUGCGGCGUUUCUGGGCGACCGAUCCCCUCGUCGUCACAGAUUGGAUGCAGUUUGCUCGGCAGGAGUCUGAACAAGGUAAGCAUUUUCUGGUGAUAUAG